UUUCUUCUUAGUCAUCAACACUGCUACAUGAUACCAGGAAAUGAUACACAAAAUUCAGAAUUUCUUCUUCAGGGAUUAUUAAUGAAACCAGGACUGCAGCCCCUCAUCUUUGGACUUUUCCUCUCCAUGUACCUGAUCACUGUAUUUGGAAACCUGCUCAUCAUCCUGGCUGUCAGUUCAGACUCCCACCUCCACACACCCAUGUAUUUCUUCCUCUUAAAUCUGUCCUUUGUAGACAUCUGUUUCAGCACCACAACAAUCCUAAAGAUGUUAAUAAAUAUACAGACCCAGAGCCAAGUUAUAACCUAUGAAGGCUGCAUCAGCCAGAUGUAUUUUUAUAUACUCUUUGCAGUGCUGGAUGAUUUUCUUCUGACUGUGAUGGCCUAUGACCGCUUCUUGGCCAUCUGUCACCCACUGCACUAUAAUGUCAUCAUGAACCCCCAGCUCUGUGGACUGUUGGUGCUGGUGUCCUGGAUCAUUAGUGCCCUGCUUUCCUUAUUAGAAAGCUUACUUGUGUUGCGGCUGUCCUUCUGUACAGACUUGGAAAUCCCCCACUUUUUCUGUGAAAUCAAGCAGGUUGUCCAACUUACCUGUAGUGACACAUUCCUUAAUGACACAAUUAUGUAUUUUACAGCAGUGCUGUUGGGUGGUGUUCCCCUGGCUGGUAUCCUUUACUCUUACUCUAAGAUAAUAUUCUCCAUACACAGAAUUGCAUCAGCUCAGGGGAAGUAUAAAGCAUUUUCCACCUGUGUGUCUCACCUCUCAGUUGUCUCCUUAUAUUAUUGUUCUAGCCUAGGAGUGUACCUCAGCACUUCUGCUACCCACAGCUCCCACUCAAGUGCAACAGCCUCGGUGAUGUACAGUGUGGUCACACCCAUCCUGAACCCCUUCAUCUACAGCCUCAGAAACAAAGACAUAAAAAGGGCUCUGAAAAGAGUCGUUCACAUGGCAGUUAUAAAAUGGGAAAUUGUCCUGGGUUUGAAGAAGCAUCCUUGA